CCCAACAACGGAAGUUGGCGUCGCUCACACGGCAACCAUAAACAAUAAAUUUAUCUCUAAAUCUCACUGAUCAAGAUUAUAUCGUGCAUACGCGUUAUAGUUUACACUUUUAGUGUUUGCAUCUCCGUGAAUAACCAACAGACAGAUAACAAAAAGCCCAACAUGGCCAGGAAGAAGCAGGAGAUUCAACUUCAACAAGAGAUUGAAACCCAAGAAGAAUGGGAAGAAAUGAUGGCUAAGGAAGGAUUGUGGGUUGUAGAUAUCUAUCAGGAAUGGUGCGGCCCAUGUAGCGCUAUGGUUAGUAAUUUUCGUCGUCUGAAGAAUGAACUGGGAGAUGAUCUUCUUCAUUUUGCAACCGCUAAAGUGGAUACAAUUGAUGCCUUAGAAAAAUAUAAAGGAAGAUGUGAACCAACUUUUCUAUUUUUUGCUUGUGGGGUAUUAGUAGCUGUUAUACAUGGUUCACAAUCACCAUUAGUGAUGAGAACGGUUACAGAACAGUUAGCACAAGAACAUAAAGUUAUGGAGGGUGCAUCUGAACGAAAGGAGACAGUAGAUACAAUAGUAAGUCAAUCAGAAGAAAAGGUGGAAGAUGAUGAGGAAAGUGAAGGAGAUGAAGACAAUAUAUAUCGUUAUCGAGGAGAACAUAUUAAUUUUGGCGAUACUUUGGUAUUAGCAGGAGAGUUAGAAGUUAAAGGUUUUACUGUGGCUAUUAUUAAACCUGAUGCUGUUAAAAGUGGUAAAGUUGAGGAAGUUUUAGAACAGAUGAGAGAAAAGGGUUUAGAAAUAAUAGCUGAAAAAGAAAAAGAAUUAACAGAAGAUGAAGCUCGAGAAUUCUACUCACAUCUUAAAGAUGAAGAAUAUUUUGAAUCAUUAGUUCAGUACAUGACAUCCGGUCCAAGUCAUAUUAUACUAAUAACUAAAGGUACCACAGGUGAUACUGUUUUAUCAGAUUGGAGAGAUAUGAUUGGUCCAACUGAUGUAGAAGAAGCCAAGGAACAAGCUCCAGAUAGUUUAAGAGCCAAGUAUGGAACUGGUAAUGUAAUGAAUGCGCUACAUGGAAGUAGUUCUCCUGAAACAGCUGCCAGAGAAAUGGCUUUCUUCUUCCCUGACCAAGCAGCUCCAACACAUAAGAAGAGUAAAGCAUCAAGUGUACAGAGAACAUUAGCUUUAAUUAGACCUGAUGCAUUUAGAACACAACGAGAGGAAAUAUUAGAAAAGAUUAGAGAAUCCGGGUUUAAAGUAGCACUACAAAAAGAAAUGACUUUAACUAAAGAACAAGCUGCCGAGUUUUAUAAAGAACAUGAAGACCAACCUUAUUUCGAAGAUUUAAUAACAAGAAUGUCCAGUGGACCAUUAAUGGCAUUAGGUCUUGCUAGAGAUGAUGCUGUACAAGGCUGGAGAGAAAUGUUAGGGCCAAAAGAAGUUGAAAAGGCUAAAACAGAAGCACCAGAGAGUUUACGAGCUCAGUUUAGUGUAGAAGAUGUAGAAAUUAAUCAACUUCAUGGUUCUGAUUCACCAGAAACAGCACAGAAAGAAUUAGAAUAUUUCUUCCCAAUGGAACAAACAGUAGCUUGUAUUAAACCAGAUGGUAUAGGAACUAAAGAUGCUAUUGUUGAUAAAAUACACGAAGCAGGUUUUAGAAUUGCUGCUCAGAAAGAAACAACAAUUACUAAAGACAUAGCUGAAGAAUUUUAUGCUGAACAUAAAGAUAAAGAAUAUUUUAAUGAUUUAGUUCAACAUAUGUGCAGUGGGCCAACUAUGUUUAUGGUAUUAUCCCGAGAAGAUGCUGUAUCAGGUUGGAGAGAAGCUAUUGGACCAACUGAUCCAGAAAAGGCUAAAGUUGAAGUACCUGACUGUAUUCGUGCAAUGUUUGGAUCUAGUGUGUUGGAGAAUGCUGUUCACGGCAGCUCAAAUACGGAACAUGCUAAAAAGUCAAUAGAACAAGUAUUUGGACAUCUUGAAUUUAACUCUGAUGGUACUGUAAAAGAAAUGAAACCUGUGAAUGAACAGGAAGAACAAGCUGAAAGACGAUCACCUGUAGAUCAAGUUGCUGAAACAGCUCCUGAAAAUAAACCAGAUGAAGUUGAAAAUAAAUCUGAUGAAACCAAAGAUAAUAGUAAAACCGAUUCAGAUAAACCUACAGAUGAUAGUAAAACUGAUUCAGAUAAACCUACAGAUGAUAGUAAAACUGAUUCAGAUAAUAAACCGACAGAUGACAGUAAAACCGAUUCUUAUAAAACCACAGAUGAUAGUAAAACUGAUUCAGAAAAACCGACAGAUAAUAAAACUGAUUCUGAUAAACCGACAGAUGAUAGUAAAACCGAUUCUGAUAAACCGAUAGAUGAUAAUACGAUUGUAAGAGAUAGUAAACAGAUAGAAAACAAAACAACUACAGAAACUCCUGAACAAACUGAAAAAUCUAUUGAAUCAGACCAAACGGAAGACAAAACACAAGAAAGCAAUUCUGGGCAGGAAGCAUCUGACCAGUCAAAGCCAAGUGAGGAGACGGCAACUGCUGAGGAAAGUUCAGCCAAUCAAGAGGAAGAUAAAAAACCUGGUUCAGAGGAUCAGUCAAAUGAUUCAAAACCAGAAGCUAAAGAAGAGGAAUCUUCGGACAAAAAAGAUGAAACUGUAACGGAAGGUGGAGACAAAGCUGAAGAAAGUAAAGAAGAGUCUAAGACAGAAGAAUCUACGGAAGGUGCUGCCAAAACAGACGACAAUGAAACAAAACCAGAAGAUGCCAGUGCCAAAACAGAAGGGGCAUCAUAAUUCGAAAAGAAUAUUAGAAAACUAAGCAUAUAAUUUAAUUGAAAAACAUCUGAUAGUCACAAUAAAAACCAUUGGUUUAAGAUUCCAUCCAAAAUAGAAAAUUGCCUUAUUUUAUUAAAAUUAACAUCUACAAGUUCCUAUACCUUGAAUACAUUAUACUAGCGUGAAUAGUAAAGGAACAAUCUAAGCAUUAAUUAGUGAAAGACCAAUCUAGGACUUAAUAAUUGUGAAAGACCAAUUUAAGCAUUAUUUGUAAAUAUUUUGUUGUCAUCUCCCGUCAUUUUAUUUAUAUCAUCUAUUUUAGUAAAAGCAUUAUUUGUCAUUUGUUUGUUAUAUUAUGUACUGUGAUAGAAUAUUUAAUAAUAUGUUAAAAAUAUAAUUUAUUUACUUAUAAAUUUUGAACAGCCAA